GCCUCCACAUAAACAAAGGCACAUUGCAGCUCGAGCCCGGCGCAUCAGUCGCGCGAAUACUGUCAAACGCGGACAUCACGGAAACCCUUACAAGUAGCGGAGUAGGACUACGCGUGUUACUUUUUACUUUUUAAUUUUUUUUUGGACAAGGGAAACAAUACAUUAUAUUUCUUCUAAUUGUUGUUAUGUCGAUAGAACCUCAGACUUAAAAGUGAUUAUUAUAAUCCAGAAAAAAAUAUAUAGGCAAUAUAUUUCACCGGAACAGCCAAUGCGCAGGAUAUUUUAAGGAGGUUCAAAACACAUGUAAAGACGGAACCACUACAGCAAUCAAUUUAGCCCUAGAAGAGAGCACUAGACAACUUUUCGUCCUUCGUGAGAACGCGGUGACCUGUUGAACACUUGGAGCCGAGCGGUGCGUCUCAGAAACGGGACCUCGUUGUGCGCUGUCGUUGGCGGCAGAUGGAUGGCUCUGAAUCCCAAUUUAAUUUGCGAAAGGCGCUGGUUCGGAAGAGCGCCACCAGCCCAGCUCCGACCCACGAGUACCGGACACAUCCUCUGAGGCGUCUGCCGAUACCCGAACCAUCUCCCGUAUCACUAACAAACCCACCACAAUUCAGCGAGCAAAACUCACGCGAGAUCUAUGGCAUUGAAGCGAUGAGCAAACACGCGCACUUAUGGGAACAACUGCAUUUUGUCCAUCUAAAAUGCACUCCCCGAGAAAUGCCUUGUGUACAGGCUCAGUAUGGCCCUGCUCCUCCGGGGUCCAGCUACUCCUCCCAGUCCGUCGGUUACCACGGAGACUACGGCUCGGACCUCAUGAACCCUGACUAUGCCAAGCUGGAGUUGGGCGCUGGAGAGAUCUCGGCGGCGGCCACCACGUCUCUCCCCAGCUUCAAUGUGUUUGUGGAGAGCAGCUACGACCCGCCCAAGCCCUCCUGCCUGUACCAGCUGCCCAUGGCGCGGUCCACUAUCAAGAAGGAGGACGACCCGUACCCUGCCGGCCCGGCCCUCUCCAUGGGCCAGAAUGACGACGCGCUGGCCGGCAGCUCCAUGUACUUCAAGCAGUCGCCGCCCUCCACCCCGCCCACCCCCCUCCCGCCCGGCCCACCUGGAGGCGCCUUCCUGUGGGAGGAGCCUCAGUCCCUGCAGCCCCUCCCCCAGCCGCAGCGAUUCGCUCACUUCUACGAGCAGUCGCCCGCAGCCACCUACGAGGGCAUGAGUUUGCAGGUGCGCCCCGAGCGCUCGCCCUCCGACGUACACGGUCACGGCCACCCGCAAGCGCACCCGCACACACACACGCACAUGUACCCGCUGGGCAUGGCAAAGGCCGGGGGUCUGCCAUUCCGCUCGCUGGCCACCAUGGGCGGGUGCCCAGCACCCCUGCCCUCCCCUCCAACACGCUCCAGCACGGGCGAGGGGACGUGUGCCGUGUGCGGAGACAACGCCGCCUGCCAACACUAUGGGGUGCGCACGUGUGAGGGCUGCAAAGGCUUCUUCAAGAGAACUGUUCAGAAGAAUGCCAAGUAUGUCUGUUUGGCCAGUAAAAACUGCCCAGUGGACAAGAGACGGCGAAAUCGUUGCCAGUAUUGCCGCUUCCAGAAGUGUCUGAGUGUGGGGAUGGUAAAAGAAGUGGUCCGUACAGAUAGCCUGAAAGGCAGGAGGGGUCGUCUGCCGUCCAAACCAAAGAGCCCCCUGCAGACGGAGUCAUCCCCCCCCUCGCCCCCCAUCAGUCUCGUCAGCGCUCUCCUGCGCGCCUACACACACUCCACCCCCCGGGAGCUCGACUACAGCCAGUUUAGUGCUGUGGAGACAGUGGGUCUGUCCGAGGCGCAGCAGGUGCAGCUCUUCUACCGCUUGCUGACCUGCUCAAUGGAGGUAACGCGCGCCUGGGCUGACCGCAUACCCGGAUUCUCCGAGCUCAACCGAGAUGACCAGAACACGCUCAUCGACUCUGCCUUCCUGGAGCUGUUUGUUCUGCGCCUGGCCUACAGGUGGGUGCUGCCGGAGGAGAAGCUGGUGCUGUGUAAUGGCCUGGUGCUGCACCGGCAGCAGUGUCUGCGGGGCUUCGGGGAGUGGCUGGACUCCAUCCGCGACUUCAGCGCCAACCUGCAGAGCCUUGGACUGGACCUGACCACCUUCAGCUGCCUCUGUGCCCUGGUACUGCUCACAGAUCAGUGUCCUGGUCUGAAGGAUCGGAAGCGUGUGGAGGAGCUGCAGAAUAAGGUCCUCUGUUCUCUGCGGGAUCACCUGGGCUUCGGCUCCAGUGCAGGCGGGGCGGCAGCAGGGAAAGCUCCCCCCUCGCUGAGCCGCGUGGUGGGGGUGAGGGCUGAGCUUCGGACCCAGCGGACCCAGGGCCUCCAGAGAAUCUUCUACCUGAAGCUCGAGGACUUGGUCCCUCCCCCUCCAGCCAUCGAUAGGUUCUUGGAUACACUGCCCUAUUAGAGCCCUUCGCUCGUUCAAAUGCAAAGACACGCCCACUUUUCCAGACGGAUGGUCCGGGGGGGGGUGCCAUCAUCAGCAGAAUUAUCUGUGGAUGACAGGACUUUUAUCUGGAAGGAGGUCGCACUACAAUGCCCAUGAUCUCCCAUAUACGCACACAGGACGUACAAUAUUGGUCGGAAAAAAAACAAACAAACAAACCUACAACAACAAAACAAUCAGAACAUUUCUUAUACUUGGUACGACGGAGUGUGCGUGGGUGGGUGGGUAUGUGCACAGACAUGUGUUAUGAGUGUGUAGUUUGAGCCUAGACAGUGUGAAUCUGAUGUCACAACUCAAAUUCACACAAGCCCCUCUUCAUCACUCAUACUCAGACAGGGACCCCUUCUGCAGGAGACUACACAGUGUCUGUCCACGCGUGUGUUCUUGUACUGUGGCCCAAAACAGAACGCAACUCUCAGUUAUAAACACAUGCAAAUAAAAACGAUAUACAAAAAAUGCCCACACACACACACUCACACACACACACACACACACACACACACACACACACACACACACACACACACACACACACACACUCACACACACACAAACACACGUUCUUAGAGCAUAGGCAGAGAGGGUAGUGAACAGCUCCUGCGUAUAAGUGCAAUUUCUGAAGUGCUUUUCCCACAGGAUCACACUGCAAUUCCAGCUCUGUAGUUGACAUUAGCUGACAUAAAUACUAAGACUCCGUCCUUAGAGCCACUGCCCGCAAGGCCAAAGGUCGGGGCCAACCCCAGACAGCGCACAGCACUGAGCUGUGCUGCGCUAAACUUUCUACGACAACGGAGCUCCUCAGAACUUGAAUUUGCUGUAGUAUUUUUAUAUUGAAAAUAAGACGUGAAAUAAAAACGCAGAAAAAAUGUAGGGCUUCAAGACGACGGAACACCAGUGUGAGUCAGUGGGAGGGGGGGUGGUAGCUGAGCACUUAAAGAAAGAUACAGAGACACAGAGAGAGGAAAAGAGGGAAAGAGGGAGGGGUGGAG